AUGGAUACAACCCGAAGCAAAAAGCUUCACAUUGGUAUCCUAGCAAGCCCCGGUAUGGGUCACCUCCUCCCGGUUCUAGUCCUCGGAAACCGCCUAUCCACCGAAUUCAACGUUAAGGUCACAGUACUAGCCAUCACCGAGGUUCCGACCGUUCAGAACCUCGGUUUGGAGGCAGAACUUGCCGACUUUGAUGUACUUCAAAUUCCACCCGUCGACAUCUCUCACCUAAUCGAUGCCAAUACUAAAUUAUCGACACGGAUACGCAUUAUGGUAAGCGAGGCUUUGCCCGGCCUCCGUUCCGCGAUUUCCGGGAUGAAGGACCUGCCUGAGAUCUUGAUCUGCGACUUAUUCUGCACCAAAGCCUUCCCGGUAGCAAACGAAUUUAACAUGCGCAAGUACUUGUACGUCGCAACGAAUGCAUGGUACACUGCCUUGCAAGCCUAUACUCCAGUUCUCCAUAAACAAAUAGAUGGUCAGUACGUUGACCAUACUCAGCCGCUGAAGAUACCCGGGUGCAAAUCAGUCCGGCCGGAGGAAGUAAAUGAUGCGAUGCUAGACCGGAACGACCCGAGGUACGAAGGUUACUUGCAGGCGGCAACGGAUUUCGGGCUGGCUGAUGGAAUAUUAGUGAACACGUGGGAGGAUCUUGAGCCAGUUACACUUGAAGCGUUUAGAGAGAAUGAGUCCUUACGUAAGGUACUUUGUGAUACGGCGGUUUAUCCGAUUGGACCGCUUACCAGGCGGCCGCGGGAGUCAGAUGGGAUCGAUGAUCGUUCAUUGAUGAUGAUGGAGUGGCUGGAUAAGCAGCCGAGUGAAUCGGUUCUGUUUGUUUCUUUUGGUAGCGGUGGCACUCUGUCAGCUCAACAACUCACCGAAUUAGCUUUCGGUUUGGAGCUGAGCCAGCAGAGAUUCAUUUGGGUGGUCCGUCCCCCGGCUAGAAUGGCCAAUGGCUCAUUCUUCACCGUGACCCAAGGCGACGAACCCUUGGAUUACUAUUAUUUACCACAAGGGUUUUUGACUCGGACCAAGAACACCGGUUGGAUCAAAGUUGUGGAUCGGAAGGAGAUUGAGGAAAUGGUGAGAUUCAUAAUGGAGUCUGAAGAAGGCAUGGUGAUUAGGGAUAGGGUUAAACAACUCAAAGUUAACGGAGAAGGUGCAAUCAGCAAGGGAGGGUCCUCUUACAAUUCCAUGAAUGAUUUCCUCAAAGAUGCUCACAUGAGGCUGAUUAAAUCACUCUCGGUUUGAAAUCCAUUUUCACCUAAGAGUAACUUCACUUCCUGCUAUUACAAUGCAAUUGUGAAAAAUAACUAUUUGAAA